AUGUGGCUUCUCUGGACAUCUGUGCUUUGUUUAUUUGGGUGCUUUGUAUGUAGCAAUGGGAGAAUCUUGCCUGGAACAGGUAAAACCAAUUUGUAUUUUUAUUUAUUUUAUUUGUGUAUUACUGGCAUUUAUAAAGUGCCAACAUCUUCCACAGCACGGAAUCGAUUUUUAUAUCCAUGCAAUGUCCUCUCUCCUUGCUGUAGAGAUAACACUUUAGCAAUUGAUAAGGUGAGCCUAGGUAUAUACUGUACUUCAACACAGAUUUUGAAUUCAGCUUUUUACACCAUUAAAAUACAUAAAUAUUCACCUGAAAUGUCCUUGAUUCAUGGAAUUUGUCUAUAGCUCACACUCCAUUUAACAUGUGCCAGACAGCUACUGCUGCAGGGUUAAAGCUGAGCCAAUAUCAGAUUCCAGUAGGUGCAUAGAGUGUACCUGUGGAUAUUGACCCCCGGGCUGUAACUAAGCUUUAACACUCCAUAACACCAGUGUGAUCACCCUGUUAUAUUAACUUGUGAUCAGGCGGUUAACAUUUUCUAUACAAUUUUUUUUUUUUAAAUAAACAAAUGUGCCUGAAACAGCUUAAAGCCCAGCUCCAAAAUUAACUUUAUUUCUCUAUCACGUACGGGUUAUUGUAAUAUCUUUAUUGCACAGGUAUACUGUAUGCAUUCCUUCUUUGAGGGGGAGAGCAUGUAAUAUAGAUUGUGAUCAUGUCUGAUGUUAUUGUGCAGUAUUUACAGGGAUCAUGGGGUAUGGCACACUGAUACAUCAGUAACAUUUCAGGUGAUAGGAAUGAUAUUUCAGGAAGGAAGCCUUUAUCAAACUUGUGAGGUGGUUACUUUCUACAGUCCUCAGUUUUAAAAUAAACCAUAUUAAUAGCGAAGUAAGUUUAUUGGUGUGCAGAUGCAGGUCUCUGUAUGUAUGUCUCUGUAUGUACCAAUAUGUAUGUAUGUCUCUGUAUGUAUGUUUAUGUAUGUCUCUGUAUGCAUGUCUCUGCAUGUAUGUAUGUCUCUGUAUGUAUGUUUCUGCAUGUAUGAAUGUCUCUGCAUGCAUGCAUGCAUUUAUCUGUAUUUAUGUAUGUAUGUCUCUGUUUGUAUGCCUGUGUGUCUCUGUAUGCUUGUAUGUCUCUGUAUGCCUGUACAUCUGUAUGUAGGUAUGUUUGUCUCCGUGUGUCUGUAUGUCUCUCUGUCUGUGUCUCUGAAUGAUUAUGUAUUUUUGAUUGUAUGCCUUUAUGGUUGUUUGUCUGUAUGUUUGUGUAUUUGUGAACGUAUGUAUUUUUGCAUGCAUAUCUAUGUCUACAUGGCUUGGGAAGAAAGACACACUCCUGAGCGGAUGUUACUUAUUUUCUAUUAUUUUAUUGGAUUUUAACAACUGUUACUUUGUGCUACAUAAUUGCAAAUCUUACAACAAAAAAAAACUAUAUUCUCCAACAACGCAUCUCAGCUCCAUCCUUCACCCUCCUGUAUCUCUGCACUACUCAUCACAACAUCCCUAAUAUUUUGCCGCUCUUUCCAAGGACAAGAGCAACACAAUGGGUACAUAUCACAUUAGUGUGCCCUUUCUCACAACAGCCUUAUUUCAAUUCUUACUGAGGAAAAAUGCACUCUUUUUUUCUUCCUCACUACCGAAAACAAUUGAACCUAUCCCAUCAUGUCUUUGUUUUUGUCAAGUGUUUUUGUAUUUUCCUUGAUGCCAUUCACUGCUCAUAAGGGGUAGAGGGCUUGUAAAUUGAACCCCUAUUUGAUACUGGAACGAUGUGUUUGUUGAUAUAUUUGUGGCACGGUAUAUUUUAUCUAUGUUAUUAAAUAGUCUGGUUGUAAUGAAGUAUUGUAUCCAAGUAAAUCUUCUUUAUGGAAUACCCUCCCAAGUCACAUCUGACUCUCACCAUCUCUGCAGUCCUUCAAAAAAACAAAAAACAAAAAAAAAACUCCCCUUUUCACCUACUGUCCCCAUAUGUCAAAUCUAUUUUUUGUGUCACAGUAUCUGUCUACUCCUGCCUCCUCCGCCUGGUUCCACGUCAUUUAUGCAAAUAUUCCCUGGCCCCACAUCUGUCUGGCAUCUGUGCUCUGCUACAAUGCCAUUCUGACAAGCAAUGCAUGUGCCUCAAUUUAAUGAUGGAUGCUACAUGUUGUUGCCACACUUAAGACAGUGACGCACAUCACUUGUACCUCUUUUGUCUUUGACCUCAGCAAGUAAUUUGUCUAUUCUCUUUUUGGUUCUUGCGUUAAGUCCAGCAAACCUAAGGACUGGUAAUACGCUCUCUAACAAAUGCUCUGGUAUAUUAAGUGUGUUGGGUUGCCUCCACCACUGUGACAUAUUGUUAGAUUUUAUUUGUCUUGUUAUAUUCAAUGUAGAGUGCUGUAAAAUAUGUUGUCACAAUGUAUAUGUUGAAAUAAUUGUACAGGUGUAAUCUAAUCUAUGUUAACUAUUAUCAGUAGUGUUUAUUCAGUAAUAGAGGAUGAAACUGUAAAUUAAUUUCAUAACUACUUUGCUUUCAUAUGACAUUCCUCAUGCAUUUCAUUUGUUGGGUAUGUACCUUUAAAAUAUAGUAUUUUGAUGUCAUAUCACAAUUAUGUCAAGUAAUAAGCUCAAUGAGUUAUAAAACAGCUGGAAAUGGUUAUUCCUUCAGGAUUCUGUUGACAACGUAAAUGCCCCAGAUUUCUAAUUAUCAUCAAAAAUUCAAAAAAAUCAUCAGCUCCAUUCUGUAUAUUCUGUACAUUGACUCCAAGUACUUGCCUACCAAACUGAAAUUACAUUAUAGACAGCUGCUUUGGUAUAAAUGAAAAGCUAAUUAAUUUGUUGAGAAGUUCUAAUUACAUUCAGAUGAAAUGCAACAAUUUAUUUGGGGAUUCUGCACAGCAGCACAUGGGAAACUCUUGGUUAAUUUUCAGCAUCAGAGUUCAGCAAAAGUUUAGCCCCUCAUAUACUCAUAGCACUCAGCUCUAACCCUAUUUCAGAACAUUAAAUGGGAGAUAGGUUCUCUGAUUCACUAAUGAAAGAAGCACUAAUUACAGAGAGAUCCCACCUCACUAAAUUCACUAAUAAUACCUGCAGACUAAUCACAGAGAGAUUUCACCUCUACUCUGCUCCUUCAUGUUUUAGUCACUGAACACUCGGGCCACCAACAUAACUUAAAGCGGCACUGUCACGCCAAACUUACCUUUCUCCUAUUGUUUCCUUUUCUCUUCUUCUCUCAGAAUCUGUUCUUUUCUUCCUUUCUGAUAUAGUUUUCUUUAAACAUAAGACAAAUUAGAAACUACUUUGUCUUGUGUGUUUUUCCCACAUCUGACAUUCAAGGAUAAGCUUAAGUCUUAAGCUUAAGCAUUUCCUGUGUCAAAGAAAGUACUGACCCUUCUCCAUGACCCAGGAAAUGGAGCUGACUUAGUCUCCUCCUUGUGUCAGAGACUGUCAGGCACAGGAAAAACAUAGGAAAAAGUAGUCCCUACCUUGUCUUAUGUAUUAGAGUAAACUAGAUCAGAUAUAAAGAAAAGAGGAGCAGAUUCUGAGAGAGGAAGAGAAGAAUAGGAAUAUAACAAUAUGAGAAAAGUAAGUUUGGUGUGACAGUGCUGCUUUAAAUGGGAGAGCAGAGACAAGAGAGGCCAAAAAAAAUAGUCACCACUAUAAAAACAAGAAACAGUUAUUGUGGCCCAAACAUCAGUCAUGGGGGUCAAGGGUAGUCACUGUGGACACACUAUUCCCCAUUAUUGACAAGAAUAAUGCAGCAGGUUGGAAAUGAUGGAACUGCUUCAGUAAAUAUACAUCAAGCCUCAGCUCCGACUGAUCCAUACGGUAUUGAGUAAAGAAUAUAAAUGAAUCAAUGUCCUGCUGGGUAUUGUAGCUUUAUACACAAUGAUGUUCUAAGUGUUCUGGAGACCAAUCAAGUGUACACGUGUAUGGUAAUGUUGUCAAUUUAUCUUAAUGUUGUUAAUCUCCCAAAGCAAGGAAGCUUUACAGAAUAUUGAAUAGGCGCCAGCGUUUAAAGUUGUUUGAAGUUUGUAUCAAAGUUAAAUAUUUGUACUUGAAGUAAAAUGUGUGUCUACAAGCAUCCAAGCAGCACGCAACCCAUCUGCAAUCAUAUAAAGAAAAGUUUAGAAUUGUUGAAAUGUAAAAGUAUACCAUUUUCUAAAUGACUAAAACUGGAUAUGAUGGGAGCUAAAUGUGAGGGUUUACCUGCGGUUAAAAUCCAGAGUGCUUACCCUUGCAAAAUAUCACACCCCACAGUGACUAGUUAGAUAAAUCACCUGUAGAGUGAAUGUGUUAAUGGGGGCUGUGCAGGGGGCAGACCCAGAAGCACAGUUUAGAAAAGGGGAAAUCCAAAUUCAGAGUACAAGAAAAAGCAUGCAUAAACAACAGUCCAUAAAUAGAUAUACAAAAUCAAAAUUCAGGCGUAGGUAAACGCUUCCAGAAUCGGUAACAACAAACGGACCCUAAAGCUGAUGAGAGGCAGUGCUUAUAGGCCAGUAAAUGAGACAGAGAUGAGGAAAUAGUUGCAGGUGGGUCAGCAGUAGUCCACCCCCUCAGAGAUGCAGGCUAAAUUGCAAACGAGAGGGACAGAUGUCAAACUGCAGUAGUUCACAGGGUAGUGAAUCUGACUGGAACACAGUUUAACACAGAACACCUCCCAAUAGGGCAGCCUUGCCUGGCAGUCUGCAGAGAUGAGGAAAACCCGUGACACUAAUCCUUUGUGGUUUUUGUAAAGUCGUCUUUGUUUAUAGAAGUGGUGCUAUUAAAUAGUAUUUGUAUAAAGCAUGAAAUUCUCUGUAGUACGUAAUGUUUGUACGUAUUGUUAAAGGACCACUAUAGUGCCAGAAAAACAUACUCGUUUUCCUGGCACUAAAGUGCCCUGAGGGUGCCCCCACCCUCAGGGUCCCCUUCCCGCCGGGCUGGAUGGAGAGGAAAGGGGUUAAACUUACCUCUUUUUCCAGCACCGGGCGGGGAGCUCUCCUCCCUCUUCUCCUCCUCUUCGGCUGAAUGCGCAUGCGCGGCAGGAGCUGCGCGCACAUUCAGCCAGUCCAUAGGAAAGCAUUCACAAUGCUUUCCUAUGGACGCUGGCGUCUUCUCACUGUGAUUUUCACAGUGAGAAGCACGCAAGCGCCUCUAGCGGCUGUCAAGAGACAGCCACUGGAGGCUGGAUUAACCAUAUUAUAAACAUAGCAGUUUCUCUGAAACUGCUAUGUUUAUAAAAAAAAAAAGGGUUAACCCUAGCUGGACCUGGCACCCAGACCACUUCAUUAAGCUGUGGUGCCUACAGUGGUCCUUUAAAUAGUAAUUAUUAAAUUUUCCGAUCUGCAGCUCCACGUGUAAUGCCAAUGAACCAUUCAAAAUUCAGCUGGCUUUUGCUUACAUAAUACCAUGUCCUCCCAUCCUUGGUGUUAUGUUAGUGAAACUGGAGAAAAUCUCACAAAACAGAGUAAAGUGAGCACUCAUAAGUGCAUCAGGCAAUAUGGAUAACAUGCACUGUAGCUUAUGUUCAGCUCUGUGAAUGGAAGAUCACCUGGGAAAUACGCAGUGUUAAAGCAUAAUAUUUACCAGUAAAAACAUCAACAUUGGAAUAUUCUCUUUUUCGUAUCAUUGCUUGAAGGAACUUUCCAGGCACCACAACCACUGCAUGUUAAUGAAUGGUCUAAGAGCCCACUUCCUUACACUUCUACACAUAUUAAACAGUUUUCAAUCAUUAAACAUAAAACAGAAGUUGAGUUCUCCAUGUCCCAGUCUGGCUUCCUCUCGUCUGCUGCUUGUAAAUGUGGAAGCAUAACCCUGAUGAUCAGGGCCGGACUGGGAGAAAAAUUCAGCCCGGGCAUUUUUUUAGCACAGCGGCCCACUAAGAAGGGGGUGGGGCAGAGAGGGUGUGUUUCGUCAUCACCAAAGACAAACACGCCCCCUCUCAAAGUGAGCGUUGGGUCAAUGCUCUUCCAGGGCAGAGCUCUGCUAAAGAGCUCUAGCAUGAGAAGAAAAAAAAACCUGUAUUUGUUCUGCACAGUACAAGCAAAUUUAAUAACAUGCUUGCACUGUGUUUCCUUGAAACUUGUCUCUGGUGUCUCUAUAAAUGGAUACCUGGAGACAAAAGGGCAAGGAAAGAGUAUUGUGCAUGUGUUUGGAGCCUGCUUUGGGAUUGUGUGUGUGCAGAGUGAGCUGGUCGUGGUUUGGUAUUGUGUAAUAAGGUUGGUUUUAGUCGUGUUCUGUUUGUGGUGUAAUGUAAUGCAUAUGUGGCUAGGAGCUGAAGAGAAUGUGUGUAUAGGGGAUGUAGUAAAUGUAUGCACACAGGCUAUAGUGUGUGUGUGUAUAUAGGUGAUGUAGUGUUUGUAGGGGUUGUAGAGAGUGUGCGUUUAGGGGUGUAGCAUGUGUUUGUUUACAAGGAAUCUAGUGUGUGUGUAUCAGGGAUCCAAAGUAUGUAUGUUAGGAAUGUAGUGUGUGUAGGUGGUGCAGUGUGUGUGUGUGUAUACAGGAGUCUAGUGUGUGUUUGAAGGACCCAGAAUGUGUAUGAGAUCUAGUGAGUGUGUGUAUAUAACGGAAUCAGAGUGUAUAUAGGGAUUUGGUGUGUGUAUAUGAUCCAUAGUUGGGUAAGGGAUAUAGUGUGUGUCUGGAAUGUAAUAUGUUUAGCGGUGCAGUAUGUGUGUGAGCGGUUCAGUGUGUGUGAACGGUGCUGUGGUGUGUGUGUGUAUAUAUAUAUAAAAUAUAUAUAUAUGUUUGGAAGUAUUGUGUGUGUGUGUUUAGUGCAGUGUGUUGGGGUUCUGCGUGUAUGUGUGAGGGGUGCAGUGGGUGUCUGUGAGGGGUGUAGUGUGUAUGUGAAGGGUGCAGUAUGUGUGUGUGAUGGAUGUUGUGUUUGAGGGGUGCUGUGUGUGAAGAUGCUGUGUAUGUUGUGUUUAAGGGUGCUGUAUGUGGGUGCUGUGUUAAAGGGUGCAGUGUGUGUGAUUUGUGUGUGUGUGUGAUGUGUGUGAAAGUGCUGUGCUGUGUGUGAGUGUGCUGUGUGUGAUGUGUGUGAGAGUGCUGUGUGUGAGAGUGCUGUGCUGUGUGUGAGAGUGCUGUGUGUGAUGUGUAAGAGUGGUGUGUGUGAGAGUGCUGUGAGUGAGAGUGCUGUGUGUGCUGUGUGUGAGAGUGCUGUGCUGUGUGUGAGAGUGCAGGGUGUGUGAGUGCUGUGUGUGAUGUGUGUGAGAGUGCUAUGCUGUGUGUGAGAGUGCUGUGUGUGAGAGUGCUGUGUGUGCUGUGUGUGAGAGUGCUGUGUGUGCUGUGUGUGAGAGUGUUGUGUGUGAGAGUGCUGUGUGUGAGAGUGCUGUGUGUGAGAGUGCUGUGUGAGUGCUGUGUGUGAAUGUUAAAAGUGAUUGUGUGUUGGGAGGGUAAAGAAAACCAACAACAAAAAUGCAUUAUAUCUUCCCCCCCCCCCCUUUACCUUUAGCCUGGGAGGGGUCCGGCACGGUGGUAGCUGGGAGGAGGGGGACCGGCACACUCACAUCAUCCCUGGUGGUCCAGUGGAGUUCACUCUCGCGAGAUCCGGCGCGUUGCCAUGGCAACGCUCCGGAUCUCGCGAGAGAAACCCAGCGGAGCCGCAAGAUAGAGCUCCGCCGGGUCCUCUCCCUCUCUCCCCAGCCGCAGGUCUGUUUAAAUGGGCCGGUGAGGGAGAUCUUUGAUCUCCCCACCGGCCCUCCAUGGAAGACAGCGGGGCCGGCGCUCGGAUAGUGCCGGCCCUGCAUAGACCGGCCGGGGAGAUCCUGGGACCUCCCCUGCCGGCCUCGGCCCCACGGACACCGCGGCCCACCGGGCAUUUGCCCGGUGUGCCCGAUGGCCAGUCCGGGCCUGCUGAUGAUGUAUACAUGCUAAAUUUGAGUUGGUUAAUGUAUUCAUAUAUUUGGUGUGCACAAUGCAUAUCAUGCACAAUGUAUAUCACUUUUGUGUGUCUCACUAAGAGAUUCCAUAUUAUACUGAGUGCUUAAUACAUCAACAAUCCAUUCCACAGAAAAUCUAUGUCCGAGCUUACAGAAUGAAGGACCAAACACAGGAGAAACAAACGCAAACAGAACAGGUAUGUAGGCCCUGAGAAUGGCCAUUAAUCAUAUUAAAUGUAUGUAAAAACUGCACUCUUCUUUUGGCAUGUCUUAUUUUUUUUCUGUAUUUAUUGAAUACUACACAAGUUAAUAUCUAAUAUUUUUACGAAAACAUUUACAUCACAGUUUUAUAUCUUUCCACGUCUCCUUUCUUCAGUUCUUUUAUUUUAUAUUUAUUAUGUUGCAUGCUUUAUUUUGUGCUUCUUGUGCAAAUCCUUGGUGGGAUUCACACCAGAUCAUUUAUUGUUGUCUGGAAGAAGAAGACACAUUGUGAUCUGUGUAUUAUUGCAAAGGAGAGUAAUCUUCAGUAAGUGACAUUAUUAAUCUCAGCCUGCAGCCUCUCUUAUGAUUGUAUUUUUAUAUUCCACAAUCCAUGUACAAGGGACUGCACUUAUUCCACAGAGCAAAAACGGGUCCUACCAGACUAGGGCCUUGCACAAAUCCCCAACACUAGUAAGCAAACAGGAAAAAGAAGGUCCAGGCAUUCCAACAUUUGGACACAAAUGGGUAUUUUUGAAGCUUGAGAAAAACGCAUUCAGUUAAAACGGCCGGAAACUGUGUUCCAAAUAAAUAUGUCUAUUUGAGCAUCAGGUGCCUGGACCUUCUUUUUCCUGUUUGCUGUUUUAUUAUUUUUAUCUUCCACAGAUAAUUAUCUGAGCAGGUUUAUGCCACUGGGCACAGCUCUUGAUACUAGUGGAAGUUAAUAUUAACAUGUGAAACAACAUAAACAUUCUUCUGCUUGUGUUCACAUACAUCUCUAUAUAAAAGAAAGAUACAUGUGAAUUUACUAUAUUUGUUGCAAAUCACUAGGCUUUGCAGCUUCUGCAGGGACUUCUGUCCAGUACAGGAAGUAACACCAAUCUGAUAACUUUAUAUGGCAAGGAAAAUGUGUUGUUUUGGCAGUAUAUGUUGUUAUAUUUUUUUAUCUGACAUUUAUUUUUAUAGCUUGAUCUUAUAUAGGCUUGCCACUGGAAUGUUAAAGAAAAAACAUGUUCAUUGUUCAAUAUUUAAACUUGCCUAAAAGAGGAUUAAAUCAGAAUAAAUAAGCAGAGGUUUCCUUGACAAAUGCUUGCUUGACACUCAGAAUUAUUAUUAUAAGCUCAUUAUUAAUAUUGGCAAUUACAAUAAAUAAUAGCAUUAGGGAAUAUAAAUAGCCAUGCAUUAGGUUUGUACUUCAAUAGAGAUAUAAAAAUAAUUUGUUUCAAAUAAAUAGUAGUAUUGUUUCACAUGUAGAAAAUAUAUCAUUUGCAUUCAUAUGUAUAUGACUACUCUAGAAGCAGACAGCAUGACAAAUAUAUAUCCUGGGGUAACAGCACUGGGUGAAAGUUCACAUGAGGACUACAUUUCUGCUGAAUUAUUUUGACAAGGAUGCCCUGUAAACAUGCGUUAGUAGCAGGUGAGAAUACUUGCAAGAUACAUUCUCAUUCUGCGGAAUUAGAAGAAAGAAAACAGCUAAAAGUCUGUUAAUAUUCACAUGUAAAAAAAUAAAACAGAACUGUUAUGUUCAUAUUCAUCAGUAUUAAUCUUGGAAAAUGAUACAGGAUCUCAUUUAUUGACAAAUUGGACCUUACUUAGUAUUCACUAUCUCUAUGUCUGUCUUGCUUCCUAUCCAGGAUUCAACCUGAUUCGCAGAUUCUCCCUACAGAAAAUGAGCUCAGUGAAAAAGAUUAAGAACCCCAAAGGGCCCAUUAUCAUGAGACUAGGAGGUGCUCGGCUGGUGGAGUCAACUUCGUAAGUCCAGAGUUAAUAAGUUUCAAAUAUUUUCAAUGCCUGAUAUAAAGCCAUGGCAACAAAUGGGUUGGUCAUAAUAUACACACGUUCUAGAGCAAUUAUGAUAUUGGACAGACUCGGAACCACUCUACAUUAGGAGAUUUUAAUAAUAACUUCCUACUGCUGCCAUUCUGAAUGAUGUGUCCCUCUCGUUACUGAUGUUGUUAAGGAGAAUACCCUUAAGGAAGCUAUUUGAAAGACUCGUAAACCCUUUCUAAUCCUGGAAAGUGAGCCUCAGGCACAUAAUCAUCCUGGGCACCCGUCCAACCAAUUAUGCAACACAGAGCUGCAAGCGUCUUCUUUUUUUUUCUUCUUCUUCUUUUUGUUGGCACUUCUCCCAGAAAGGCCUGCGUGGCUGGGGUGGUAGAAAGAGAGAGUCAGGCAAGAUUUGUAAAAUAGCCUUCUGUUUUCUAGUGGUCCAGUUAUGACAUCAGCAUGCAAGAGGGAGAUGAGAUCACACAUAUCUCCACCAAGAAACUGCUUAAUGGCAAUCAAAAUACAGCUUUAGUUUUCCUUCUCUAAUUGUUGCGUUUAUAUCAAUUGUAACUCUGUUCUCAUCCCUAGUAUGUGCCAGAGGAGGAUGUCAUUUGUUUUCUAGUUUAUGCAUUAAGGAUCAAAGUCGAUAUAAAUGUGUUUAAUAAUCUAGACUUUAAAGAUCUUGUAUCAUAAUUAUUUUGGAUGCAUUUAAGGAUGGAAUAAAAUAUAAAUGGUCCUUAAGGGGUGGCAUUUUUUAUAGGAUUUAGUAGAAAAUGAUUAAAAAUUAUUAAUAAAUAUUUUCUUUUUAAUUUUAACGUUGGAUUGUGUGCCAUGCUGCUAUUAAAAGGCAGUCGAAAGAAUAUUGAUAUAUUAAACAACACGUGAUAGCAGAUAAGAGCCACUGUAGUGGUUGCACCGUAAUAUAGAGUUAGGAUUAUUUUGUAAUACAUAUUAUCAAUGAAAAAAUGAAAUUCCAUUUAUAUUUUGUGACAUCAAGAAAUCAAUAUUUUCUAUAUUAAAUCAAUAUGUUCUAUGAGAAUUAAGCUGCAGCUUAAUAUCGCCCACUAUUUGAUGCUUCAUCUAGUUUCAGUAACAUUGACAUUGUGUUUUUGGCUCUAUAGUUUUAGAGUUAUUUCAGGGCUCAUGGGGGAACUAAAGCAUGAAACUAGAAGAUAUUCUUUCUUGGUUUUUAUUUACUCAGAGAAUCAAGCUUGAUCUGGGGUACUGUUCAAAGACUUUGUUACAUGUCAAAUCAGGAGUAACAGCCACUCAUGAUCAACUCUUUCAUGGCCAGAGGAGCCUGCAUUAAAUUAUAGAAUCCACCAGAGGCAGGAGGUCGAUGUAGUGCCAAGUCCUGUCUUGGCUCAAGAGAAGGAUUCCAAAUGUAAUUAGUUAUUCUCUGAGCAGUGAUGAAACCACCAGCUAUCCUUGCACUUUUCAAUAUAACCUGCUUUGUCUUCUCUGAAUCAUGCUAGACCCAAGGUUGACAUUUUCAAUGAGCAGGGUCAAAAAAACACAGAGGGGGUUGAACAAUUUAAAUAAUUUAUUAAAUACAUAAAGGCAUAUGGUUUAUUGAAAUAAAAUAUAGAAAAGUUACUGUUACGCAUCAUUUGCAUAUCUCAGGCUGUACUUUGAUAAGUCCUCCUUAGGCACAGAAACUUGAAAAAUCAUGUUUCCACAACUACCAGCUUGGCAUGCAAAUGAAUGAACACAGAUAGGCACCGUGUUAAGAUGUCAUACUGCAUUUCUACAGAUACCCUUAGAAAUAGAUGCUGUUUUAAACACAGCUUUUUCUAAAACCACGCCAGGGCUAUCAUCGAAAAGGAACAGUGACCAGAAACCAGCUUUCAACUGUGGUUUUGACCUUAUGGAUUUAAUCAGCCUGGCAAGGUGCUGACUUUAGCAUGAAAGUUCAACCACAUAAAAAUAAUAGUUAUAAAAAUAAAAGUAACUUACUUAGUACUAAUGCAAAAUUGCAAAAAACAAAAAAAAUACACUAAUGAAAUGUGGAUUACUCAUCAAGACCAUUUUGGGGGGAUCGUUACAUUGGUUUCCUUAGAGAUUGCACAACUUUUAGAACAUUGGGGGAGAUUUAUUAAUGCGUUGUUGACACUUUUAUUUGUAAUUUUCAGCAAAUGUUGCAAUCCUUUAAAUAUGAUGGGGUUUUUUUCAUCUGUUGCAUCAUUUGAGCACUAACAAUAAUUUUGAAUAUAUUACAUAUUUUCACAAAAGAAUGGAUUUAUAAUUUUUUAAACUCUUUUUCAAACAGCAAAUUGUUAUCUUUCCCUUUAUUUUCAAAACUCUAAAUUUGGAGGCCUUUUGAACUGAAUUUACUAUGACAAAAAUUGUCACUUUAAUAAAUGUAAUCACAUUAAUGAUGUAAUUAAAACCCCACUUUUCAGAACACAAAAAGAAAUAUCCCACAUAUUUACUCUAGGUUAAUCACUGCAGUAUGAAGAUAAUGGUUUCUUAUAAAAGGAACGAAUGCUAUCUCUGUUUGAUGUAUAUUAUUUUAAAUAUCAGACAGGUAUUCCCUCAUGGUUUUCCUGAUCAGUUUACUCUUGUGGUGACCUUGCUGCUAAAGAAACAGACAACAGAUGAAGAUUGGUAUCUAUUUCAAAUCAGUGAUCACCUAGGAUACCCACAGGUACCUAUACUCCACCACAUCAUCUCUGACAUUUGCGUGACUUGAAUAAGGUUGUUUUAGUGCUGUAAUGAUUUUUUAAAUAAUCAAUAAGCAGAAUUAGUUAAGUACAGUAAUCUGCAUAUUCAAUAGCAUCAUCAACUUCACCACACACAACAUUGGUAUUAUCACUCGCAACAUCACCCAUACAACCGAGUUUGUAAACUAUUCGAUAAUAUAACCUACAGCACAUUGUUAAGUUGAAUCCUUUAUUUGUUUUAAAGUGAUGCAAGCAAUGUGCUGGUAUUACUUUUUAAGAUACAGUCCACACUCCAUAGUCCAAGUUUUGCAUUACUGGUUGAGUCUGAUUACAGAUAUUGUUUAUUCAUUAAAUUAUGUCUCUUGAUGAUAACUUACAACCUUCCAUCCCAUCAUUUCCUUGUUUUCUUUUUAUGAAAGGCUUGGUUUUACAUAUAAUUUCAUGGAUAAUUAAUUUCAUUCUAGUCAUUGACAUAUAUCCUCCAUCUUGUUUGCUUUGCCCAGAUCUCUAUAGGUGUCAAUGGUAAGGAUCGUACAGUGUCACUCCAAGCCAGAGGACAAGAUAAAGAAUAUGUAGGCAGCACGUUUGCUGGACAGGGCUUGUACUCCCUGUUUGACAAUGGAUGGCACAAGAUUGUGCUUAGCGUUCAAGAAAAAAUGGCAUCUAUUCACAUUGACUGCAGCUUCAUCUCCUUCAAACCCAUCGAGCCAAGGGCCCCCCUGGCCAUGGAUGGACAUACCUUCAUCGGGUUAAACACAGUAAAUGGUUCCCCAGUACAUGUAAGUUCACCUAAGAUCUGUUUAAAAUAUUGAAGGAUUUCAUGGAGAGCUUCUUAGCAUCUCAAAUAAUUUAAAUCCAGGUAUAUAUAUCACUUCCUCCUUUUCUUCCAGAUUGAUAUUCAGAAAUUCCUUUUAUACUGUGAUCCCCUAAUGGCAAUGCAGGAAGGAUGUUGUGAGAUCCUACCAGCUGGAGUAAGUAAGAUUCUACAUACCUGUGCUGAAGUUAUCAUGCAUGUAUACUAG